ACGCGCCGGAACGACAAACUCGUCUAAAGUUCCUAACGGACAAAAUAAACUGUAACAAACAUACCGUACGAUUGCAACGCGAAUCGCUUUAUUGUUGUAUAGGCUAUACUGUUUUUUCUUAAUGUCGUUAUAGUCAAAUACAUCAUAGUAUAGCAUGUGAAUGGGAAGAAUGAACGCAGAAUGCGCCCCGUCUGAAUACACAGUUAUCACUCCGUCUAGAGACCAGUGUGUAUACACCAGCUGCUACUGUGAGGAGAAUGUGUGGAAAUUGUGUGAAUAUGUCAAGGAUCAGGGCACUUGCUCGUUUGAUGAAGUGUAUGCAGUCUUUAUAUCUAAUGACAGAAAAAUGAUACCCAUCUGGAAACAAAAAUCCAGUCGAGGGGAUGAACCAGUAAUCUGGGAUUACCAUGUUGUUCUUCUACAUGUAAAUAAACAAGGACUGAGCUAUAUAUAUGAUUUAGACACCAUCCUUCCCUUCCCUUGCUUACUUGAUGUAUAUUCAAAGGAGGCUUUUCGUUCUGACGAGCAUUUAAAACCUGCUUUCUGGAGGAAACUUCGUGUCAUACCAGGCGACAUCUACAUGAAAAGGUUUGCUUCUGAUCGGUCACAUAUGAAGGACUCUGACGGGAACUGGCGUAUGCCGCCCCCACCAUACCCAUGUUUAGAGACGUCAGAAUCUAAAAUGAAUCUUGAUCACUUCAUCUGCAUGGAUGCUCGAGUGGGAUAUGGAGAGGUUUACAGCCUUUCAGACUUUGUUCAAAACUUUGAAGUGAAAUAAUUUUUUUUCUUUAUGCAAACACUUUAUGUUGAAAAAUGGACAUGAACAGAGCCUCAGGGAAAGAUCCCAUUAGCACGGACAGUACUGUGAAGAAGCAGGUCUUGAGAUGCGUAUCUAUUGCCUGUCAAACUCUCUCUCUUUUUUUACUAAGAGAACAGUUCCGAUCACAUACCUUACAAGGUGAUUCAUAAUUACAGUCAGGUACACAAAUCACAGAAAGAAAUGUCCGUGAAAUAAGCAGGAUGUAACAUUUGUUGAUAACAUGUAUCCUUUUAUAAAGAAAUCAGUUACACAGAUGUACAAAUAAUAAAAGUGCAACAUUCAAAUUAACAGCCAAACCAAAACAGUAAACCGUGUAAGCAGUUGCAGUGCUGUAGUUUAAGCAAUUGCUGCCAAGUAAUCCUUCACCUCAGCAGGAGACAGUCUGCGAAAUCCUGCUUCAUUACAGAUGCCCACUUCAAUGUUUUCCUCUGUCAUCUGACCUUCAAAACUUUCCUGUAAGAAAAAAAAAUGCCAUUGAUCUUGUUUUGAGCCAUGUGAUAUAGGAAGUUUAUAGUUAUUUAGAGAUAAACUCACCUUCAAAGUUAAGAUGGCAGUGUGUAUAGCAUCUUCAAGUUCCAGAUCUUCAUUAUAUCUGUAAUGAAAUUGUACAAAGCCAUGCUGUAAAUCUUUUGCAAAAUAAUUUCCAUCUUUUUCUAUCUUAUACACUACAAUAAAUCAACCUGCAUAAGUCAUC